AUGACUCUCAGCUUACUUCGCCUUCGAUUCUGGGUGCCACGUGGAAGGACCGUCGUCAAGCAGCAAUUGCAUCGGUGCGUCACUUGCACGCGCUGGCGAGCUGCCACUCCACAACCUCCUAUGGGCAACCUUCCUCGUGACCGAGUGACGCCGACUCGGCCAUUCCUGAGUACUGGCCUGGACUACGCGGGACCCAUUUCUAUCCGGACCAGCAAGGGGCGCGGACACCGCUCACAGAAGGGAUACAUCGCAGUCUUCAUAUGUUUCUGGUCAAAGGCUAUCCACCUCGAGGUCGUCUCGGAUUACAGCUCCGAGGCCUUCAUCGCCCCCUUACGCCGCUUCGUCUCUCGCAGAGGUCUGUGCACGGACAUCUACAGCGACUGCGGCACAACAUUCAUUGGCGCCGAUCGCACGCUGCGUGAGCUCUUCAAGGCGUCGACCUCCGAGGGCCAUCACAUCGCCCGCGCCGCCAACACUCAAGGGAUCCGCUGGCACUUUAAUCCGCCAGCGGCCCCUCACUUCGGUGGUCUUUGGGAGGCUGCCGUAAAAUCCACGAAAUUUCAUCUCCGUCGAGUAAUCGGCGAAACUACACUUACGUUUGAGGAGCUUAGCUCUGUCAGACGAUCCAGACGACACUUCGGCGCUCACACCAGGCCACUUCAUCAUCGGAGCACCGGUACCUGA